UUUAGACAGUUGUCAAAGUGAAGUACAGAUCGUGUCCAAGAAGUGUUGCCCUAAAAAUACAGUCCUCUAACAGAUAUUUCACUACAUCUGGUCCAACGGAACCGGAUCGAAGCUUUCUAUUGCUAAAUACGAGCCGAUUGAUAGGGAUCCUUCGACGAGCGUGUCAGUUUCGAUACUGCUGAGCACAGAGACAGACCAACCUUUACUUGGAUAGCUGACUUACGCGGAAUUGGUAUUGUGAGUCAGUUAAAAUAGUUGGUUUGAUAGUAGCAGUAAUACAGAAUACAGAGUUUUCUCUUUUUUAAAUGAUACUUAACUGACACGUGUAUACAUACAUUUUGUUAUUUGGGGCGCGGUCUGGAACAAGAUGGCGGCUGAACUUGCUCAUAAGAAGAGUGUCAGAUCAGGACACAGAGGCACAGUAACUAGAAAGGUUACUGAAUUAGAGACAGCUCUGGGUGCUACUCCCUUAGACAGAGACAGCCUGGAGCAACUGAGGGCAGCUCUUGCGGAGAAAGUGGCUGUACUCAAGGACCUUGAUGAAAGCAUCUUAGCCCUCUUAGAGGAUGAGGCUGAAAUAGAAACAGACAUUGAAGGUGCAGAAGUCAUCAGGGAUACCUUGAGGUCAGCUCUCUUCAAGAUAGACAAGGCCAUUGGCCCGCCCUCAGGUGCUCCUAGAGGUGUUUCUCCAACAGUUGGAGACACACCGUCUGAAUCUGUUGCCACUAGAAUCAAGCUACCAGAGCUGACUUUAACUCCUUUUGAUGGUGACUAUACCAAAUGGAAAACAUUUUGGGACUCAUUUGAGUCAGCAAUACACAACAGACGGGAUCUAUCGGAUAUUGAUAAGUUUACUUAUUUGAGAUCCUUAUUGAUACGAUCAGCCAAGGAGGCUGUAGCUGGUCUAUCGCUAACUUCUAGCAAUUAUCAAGAAGCGAUAGAUAUACUCAAGAAGAGGUUUGGGGAUGAGUCACAGAUUAUAACAAAGCAUAUGGAGGCCUUUACUGGUCUGGAAGCUGUGACAGAUAAUCAGAAUCUUUCGGCUUUAAGGAGACUCUAUGACAAAGUAGAGAUUCAUGUGAGAGGCCUAAGGUCCUUAGGAAUAGCACAUAGUGCUUAUGGAGCUCUUCUUACUCCCUUACUAAUGAGGAAACUCCCGCAAGAGUUGAGAGUUUUAAUCAGUCGUAAGAUGUCUGGUAAAGAAUGGGAAUUCAACCCCAUACUUGCAGCAUUAUUGGAAGAAAUAGAGGCUCGUGAGAGAGCAGGCAUAAUUCACAAGAGCUCAAAUGCUUAUACUAGAACUAAGAGAGAAUCUGCAACCGCAACUACUUUGACUACUAAGGAUAGUGGUCAUUCUGAAUGUUGUUACUGUAGUGAGAAGCAUGAGCCUAGUUUAUGCAAGAAUGUCGUUUUAAUAGAGCCUAGGAAACAAAUUUUGAAGGGUCGUGGUUAUUGCUUUAAUUGUUUACGUAAGGGACAUCGUGUACGAGAUUGCAGAGCGCCACCCAAGUGUACUGAGUGUAAAAGUAAACACCACCCUAGUAUAUGUCUCAAGGCUGUCAAGAGUGAGAGCUCAAAAGAGACAUUGAAUCUUCAAGUGAAUGUGUCUAAUCUUAACCCAGAGGCCCCUCCUUUUACUUCUUUGAGCUCCACUUCUCAAGCAGAAGAGAAUGACACAGUCUUGUUACAAACAGUUCGAGUGACAGCAUUUAAUCCUUCAAAUCCAGCUCUCUGUAGGGAAGCCAAGGUUAUCCUUGACAGUGGCAGUCAGAGAUCUUAUGUCACACAAGACCUAAAGAAAGAGAUGGCACUUAAGGUGAAAAGCAAGAAGAGUAUGUCCAUUGCAGCCUUUGGUUCAACUACACAGAGAGAGGAAGAAUAUGAUAUAGUAGAGAUUGGUUUACGAACAGAGGAAGGAUCUAUAAUCCUACGAUUAUUAGCAGUUCCCCUCAUUUGUGGUCCCAUACCAGCAGCACCUAUUGAGAUUUCUAAACGCUAUUAUGAGCAUCUAAGUAACUUAGACUUAGCCGUACCAGAUGAAGGAGAACCACAGAUAUUGAUUGGCCUGGAUUACUAUUGGUCUGUUGUCUCCGGUGAGGUUAUUCAAGCUAGUUCUGGUCCCUCAGCAUUAUAUACUAAGUUUGGAUGGGUUUUGUCUGGUCCCAUGUCUGGCAUAAUGCAUGAUUCUUCAGCUGCUCUCAUUACACAUGUACUUAAGGUAGAGACAGGUCCCACUAAUAGAGAGAUUGAUAAGAGGCUCCGGUCCUUCUGGGAUUUGGAAUCUCUGGGGAUAGUCGAUACCGAGGAGGCAGUGUAUGAGCAGUUGAGUUCACACAUAUCACUUUGUAAUGGUCGUUAUAAGUUGUCUUUGCCUUGGAAAGAUCCAUGUGCUUCUGUGCCAGAUAAUUUUUCACUUAGUAAGAGAAGAUUACUUAGCCUUUUGAAGCGUUUGAGGAAGACUCCAGAUUUGCUGAUUGAAUAUGAUCGUGUCAUCCAGCAUCAAAAACAGAUGGGUAUUGUUGAGCUGAUAGAAGAUCCCUCACGUCAGGAUGGCAACCGAGUGCACUACUUGCCUCAUCAUGCUAUCAUCAGAAAGGAUAGGGAAACAUCCAAGGUGCGUAUAGUAUAUGAUGCGUCAGCUAGUGAGAAUGGUCCUUCUCUUAAUGCUUGCCUACACACCGGACCCAAAUUUAAUCAGAAGAUAAUGGAAAUCUUGUUGAGGUUCCGUGUGCAUAAGGUAGCUUUAGCUGCUGACAUAGAAAAAGCAUUUUUAAUGAUAACAAUUGAUAAAAGGGAUAGAGAUGUUUUACGAUUUUUAUGGAUAGAUGAUUUGUACAAGGACCCACCUUUUUUUAUAGUCUUAAGGUUCACACGUGUAGUUUUCGGUGUGACCUCUAGCCCCUUUUUGCUCAAUGCUACAAUCAAAUUUCAUUUAGAAAGUCUCAUUGAAUCUAAUCGAAAGCUAGUCAAUAAGCUUCUUAGAUCCUUUUAUGUAGACGAUUUGGUUACUGGAGCCAAAACAGAAGAAGAAGCAUUUUUACUUUAUUCUGAUGCUAAGGACUUGAUGAAGAAAGGUGGCUUUAACUUAUGUAAAUUUUGUUCAAAUAGUGAGGUCUUACAAAAGAAAAUUGAUUUACUAGAAAGGAGAGUUUCAGGUCCUAGCAUAGUUGAUAAUAAAGAGAAAACAUAUGCCCAAAGCGUGCUUCAGAACUCUCAGAAGAGCUCUGAGGGAGAAAAGAAGAUUUUGGGGGUUUUGUGGAAUGUUAUCUCAGAUGAUAUUGUUUUGAAUUUUUGUAAUAUUUUUGACAAGGCAAAUGAGUCAGAGCCAUCGAAGAGGCACAUUGUUAGCCUUGCUGGCAGGUUCUACGACCCACUUGGGCUCGCUGCACCUGUUAUUAUUAAAUUUAAGGUCCUGGUUCAAGAACUUUGUCGUGCAAAGGUACAGUGGGAUGAGACUCUCACUGGUAAGUUGUUAGAGAGGUGGCAAUUGCUUGUGAAAGAGUUUGUAAGUUGCCUGCCUAUCAGAAUUCCACGGUGCUACACUCAGUCAUUAGAUGAUGUAGAGAGUUUUCAACUAGUGGGAUUUUGUGAUGCAUCAUCUGUAGCAUAUGCUGCAGUAGUGUAUUUAAGAAUGAGAAGUGGUGAAAUGACUAUCACUAGACACUUGCUUCCAAGACUAGAGUAGCUCCAAUACAGACCCAGACUAUACCCCGGUUAGAAUUAUUGGGAGCUCUCCUUUUAUCUAGACUUAUUGGAACUAUAACUAAUAGCCUGGGUAUGGAAUUGUCUCUUGUAAGGCCAGUCUGCUAUACAGACUCCCAGGUAGCUCUUUUCUGGAUUAAAGGUAUUGAUAAAGACUGGAAACCCAUUGUCCAUAACCGUGUCACUCAAA